UAGGAAUAAACACACCAAUUAUCUCUAACUCUUCAUCUACUUGUUAAAACUUAACAAUAAUACAUACAUUAAACUUUUAUCUUAAAAACAAAGAAUAUGUCAAUAAAAAUUCAUCCCCAUCAACUCGCGGCACCAUUAGCAACUCCGGUUUCGGAUCUAUCAACCUCGCAACCGGAUGAUCUAUCGCUCUCCUCUUCGGGAGAAGGAGAGAUCUUCACCAUUUGGAUGAAAUCGCUCAUUCUUGGAGGUAAAGGUUGUACCGUUUUCGACUCGAAUGGUGAAGUUGUAUAUAGGGUUGAUAAUUAUUCUUCUAAAGGUUGUAAUCAAGUCUUCCUCAUGGAUUCUCAAGGCCGUGUUCUCCUUACAAUCCUAAGAAAGAAAUUUAGACUAUUGGCACGUUGGGAAGGAUAUAAGAAUGAGAAAACAAAGGGAGAAUCAUGGUGGUUUCAAGUGAGAAAGAGUUGGAAAAUUCCUAAAAUGCCCUUGGGAAAUGAGGUGGUGGUGAAUUUGUAUCAUGAUAAAAAAUCACCCGCAUUCAAGAUUGAGAAGAGCAAAAACGACUUAACAUCAUGCAAAAUUGUAAAUAGAUUGGGAGGUCUCAUUGCUGAGAUGAAAAGAAAACAAUCAACGGGAGGUGUAGUUUUGGGAAGCGAUGUAUUGACACUAGUGAUCGAGCCUAAUAUCGACCAUUCUCUAAUUAUGGGAUUAAUGGUUGCAUAUAAUCUAAUUCACUGUAGAAUGUGAAGACUUUUUUUUCUCUUUUGUACUUAAGGAUAAAAGCAUAGAUCGAGUACCCAAUGUUUUUUUUGGGGUUUUGGGAUUAUGAUCCGAUUGUAGAUAUUCUCUCUCUCUCUCUUUUUUUUUUCUUUUCUUUUUUUCUAUCUUGGACAGUUGUUUACAACUCGAUGCUGUCAAAAAAGAUACUGAGAUGUAAAUGGCAUGGUUUUUAUCCGACUUCCAUGAUUUGCAUAAUUGCAUAUGACUAUUGUUCAUGUACGUUAUAUUAUCAUGUAUAUACACUCCUAAUUUUGGUUUCAAUCAAUGUUUGUUGUCUCUUUGAAUUUC